AUGAAAUCACAGUAAUUAGCCCCUUUGCUGCAAAAGUCCCCCGCGCUCCGGCUCAGUACGGCAAACGUAUUGCCGUAUCCAGUCCAACCCACUCAUCUCACAUGCCCAUCCAUUCCCCAAAUCUCCCAUCUCACGUGCCCUUUACCCUAAGAUCCCAGUUCCCACACUCCUUAUCCCAAUUAAACCAGCGCGUGUAGCGCCUCUUUUCACUUUCUCCUCCUCCCUGAAACACCCGAAUAAAAACUCUCCUCUCCCAUUCAUCCCCAUUUCGCAUUUCGCUCUCCAAACCCUAACAGAAAAAGAGCCUAAUCGGAUCAAAAUCCCUGAUAAUCACAAUGGAUGCCCAAGACAACAGCCUAUACGAAACGGCGUCGCAGCCAGACACAGCAACAGACGCCUACACCUUCCUUGAAUUCAACACACAAGGCGAAUCCGAUUUUGACUACCCCGAAUUCCGCUCUCCGGUGAACUGGCCCACUCCUUCCGACUCACUUGCCGCCACAUCCUCCUCCGUAGACCCUACCUCAUCCGACCACCGUGCCGCCGCUUCCAAUUCCGAUCACCACUCUGAUUCACCUGCUGCGUCUCCUGCUGCGUCAAAAUCUGCUGCGCGUGGAGGAGCGAAUAGUGGGACCCAGGGGGUGGUGGAGGGGUUAGUGGCGAGUAUGGGAGGGUUGAAUUUUGAAGAGACGGGAGAUGAUGAUGGGUAUGAUUUUGGGAAAGGGGAUUUUACGGAGCACGCGUGUAGGUACUGUGGGGUUUCGAAUCCUGCGUGUGUAGUGAGGUGUAAUGUGCCGUCCUGUAGAAAGUGGUUUUGUAAUUCGAGAGGGAAUACCUCUGGUUCGCAUAUUGUUAAUCAUCUGGUUCGAGCAAAGCAUAAAGAGGUCUGUCUCCAUAAAGACAGCCCUCUUGGAGAAACAAUACUUGAGUGCUACAACUGUGGUUGCCGAAAUGUGUUUCUACUUGGAUUUAUAUCAGCCAAGACAGAAAGUGUUGUUGUCCUCCUCUGUAGGGAACCUUGCUUGAAUGUUAAUGCACUGAAGGACAUGAACUGGGACCUGAGCCAGUGGUGCCCCCUAAUUGAUGAUAGGUGUUUUCUACAGUGGCUUGUGAAGAUCCCAUCUGAACAGGAGCAGUUGAGGGCACGCCAAAUUAGUGCUCAACAAAUAAAUAAAGUAGAAGAACUUUGGAAAACAAAUCCUGAUGCCACCCUUGAAGAUCUUGAGAAGCCUGGUGUUGAUGAUGAACCUCAGCCUGUAGCAUUGAAGUAUGAAGAUGCAUAUCAGUAUCAAAAUGUAUUUGCUCCACUUAUUAAGCUUGAAGCUGACUACGAUAAAAUGAUGAAAGAGUCUCAAAGCAAGGAUAAUGUCACUAUUCGAUGGGAUAUUGGCCUUAACAAGAAGCGUGUUGCAUAUUUUGUAUUUCCAAAGGAGGACAAUGAGUUGCGCCUUGUACCCGGUGAUGAGUUGCGACUGCGCUAUUCUGGAGAUGCAGCUCAUCCAGCAUGGCAAUCAGUUGGGCACGUGAUCAAGCUAACUGCACAAGAGGAGGUUGCACUCGAGCUUCGUGCUAGUCAGGGAGUUCCUGUUGAUAUGAACCAUGGUUUUAGUGUUGAUUUUGUUUGGAAGAGUACAAGCUUUGACCGAAUGCAGGGAGCAAUGAAAACUUUUGCAGUGGAUGAAACCAGUGUCAGUGGGUAUAUAUACCAUCACUUGUUGGGCCAUGAGGUUGAGAAUCAAACAGUUCGCAGUGCAUUGCCUCGCCGUUUUGGUGCACCUGGUCUCCCAGAGCUGAAUGCAUCACAAGUUCUUGCUGUGAAGAAUGUCCUCCAGAAGCCUAUAAGUUUGAUUCAAGGUCCACCUGGAACAGGAAAAACUGUCACUUCUGCCGCCAUUGUAUAUCAUAUGGCUAAACAGGGACAAGGACAGGUUUUGGUGUGUGCCCCAAGUAAUGUAGCUGUAGAUCAGCUAGCUGAGAAGAUAAGUGCCACCGGCUUAAAGGUUGUUAGGCUAUGUGCAAAAUCAAGGGAAGCUGUUAGUUCUCCUGUUGAGCAUCUCACCCUUCACUAUCAGGUUAGACAUCUAGACACUUCAGAGAAAAGUGAACUUCACAAGUUGCAACAGUUGAAAGAUGAACAAGGAGAACUGUCCAGUAGUGAUGAGAAAAAAUACAAAGCUCUGAAACGAGCAACAGAAAGGGAAAUUUCUCAAAGUGCUGAUGUCAUCUGUUGCACUUGUGUUGGUGCUGGAGAUCCUCGGUUGGCAAAUUUUAGGUUUCGCCAGGUACUUAUUGAUGAGUCAACUCAGGCGACUGAACCAGAGUGUCUCAUUCCUUUGGUACUUGGGGCGAAGCAGGUCGUUUUUGUUGGUGACCAUUGCCAGCUUGGUCCUGUCAUUAUGUGCAAGAAAGCUGCUCGUGCUGGGUUAGCCCAGUCUCUCUUUGAGCGCCUUGUUUUACUUGGUGUGAAACCAAUUAGAUUGCAGGUUCAAUAUCGCAUGCACCCAUCUCUUUCUGAAUUUCCAUCCAACAGCUUUUAUGAAGGCACUCUGCAAAAUGGUGUGACUGUCAAUGAGAGACAGUCAUCAGGCAUUGAUUUCCCUUGGCCUGUGCCAAAUCGUCCACUGUUCUUUUAUGUCCAGAUGGGACAAGAAGAGAUAAGUGCCAGUGGGACAUCCUAUCUAAAUCGUACUGAGGCUGCAAAUGUUGAAAAAAUUGUAACUACGUUUUUGAGGAGCGGUGUAGUCCCUAGCCAGAUUGGAGUGAUAACACCUUACGAGGGACAGAGAGCAUAUAUUGUGAAUUAUAUGUCAAGAAACGGUGCCCUCAGACAGCAACUAUACAAAGAAAUUGAGGUUGCAAGUGUUGAUUCAUUUCAAGGAAGGGAAAAGGACUACAUUAUUUUGUCUUGUGUUAGGAGCAACGAACAUCAGGGCAUUGGAUUUCUUAAUGAUCCUCGGAGAUUGAAUGUAGCUCUAACCCGUGCUCGAUAUGGUAUUGUCAUCUUGGGAAACCCUAAAGUUCUAAGUAAGCAGCCUUUGUGGAAUAGCUUAUUAACUCACUACAAGGAACAUGAGUGCUUGGUUGAAGGACCUUUGAAUAACUUGAAGCAGAGUAUGGUUCAAUUUCAAAAGCCCAAAAAGAUUUAUAACGAUAGGAGGCUUUUCUUUGGUGGUGGACCUGGAAUUGUCCUUAAUGAUAAUUUUGGGUCUGUUGCCUCAGCUAGCCCAAAUGCUGAUAGAAGAAACUCCCGUGCCAGGGGAUCUUAUAUGCCACCUGCCCCACCCAAUGGUACCCACAAGCCUGGUGCUCAUCCUGCUGGGUUUCCAAUGCCUCGGGUCCCCAUUCCACCAUUUCAUGGUGAUCCACCUUCUCAACCAUAUGCUAUUCCAACUCGUGGGGCUGUGCAUGGGCCAAUUGGAGCUGUUCCUCAAGUCCCUCAGCCAGGAAGUCGAGGUUUUGGUGCUGGGCGCGGCAAUGCUGGUGCACCUAUUGGAAGUCAUCUCCCACACCAGCAAGGCACUCAGCAAGGCAUUGGGAACAUUGGAUCUUUCAAUUUUUCUUCCCUGGAGAAUCCAAAUAGCCAGCCAUCUGUGGGUAGUGCAUUAUCUCAGCCUGGAUAUAAUAAUAUUCCAGUUCAGGGAUCGAGCCAAACAUUUCGUGAUGGAUUUUCCAUGGGGGGUAUGUCCCAGGAGUUCUUGGGUGAUGAUUUCAAAAGCCAGGGAUCGCAUGUUCCUUACAAUGUUGCUGAUUUCUCCACUCAGGCAUCUCAAAGUGGAUAUGCUGUGGAUUAUGUUACGCAAGGAGCCCAAGGCGGGUUUCCAGGCAACUUCUUGAAUCAGAAUUCUCAAGCUGGAUUUUCUCGUUUUGGUUCUGGAAAUGAUUUCAUGUCUCAGGAUUACAUGGCUCAUGGAUCACAAGGGCUGUUCACUCAGGUUGGCUUUAAUGAUCCCUCACAAGAUGAUGCAUCGCAAAGCCACUUUGGCAUAACCAAUCCGAGCCAACUUCAAUCUCAGGGCUUGAUGAAUUCCCUUUACUCUCAGCCCUUUGCCCACUACAACACUCAGCCGGUGAACUUACAGGCUCCACAACAGCAGUCUCAGCAGGGUCAGGGCACCCAAAACCAGAAAAUCCAUUACAACGGUUGAGAGUGCAUGGUAAAUUUUUUUUUGUGUGUGGCUAUGAUGGGUUAUGAUCUUUGAAUUCAGCAACUUGGUUUGUGUCGUCACAUGUGCCCUAAUAUAUCUCUGCCAAGAGCGCAGAAGAGUUUGUCGUCCUCUUGAGGUCAGUUUUGGUAUACUUCAGUAGCCAAAGAAUACCUUGGAUGAUAAGAAUAAAAGAUAGUGAGCCAUAGCUCUGCUAUGGGGCGUGUGAGCAGAUGUGGGCUGCACAUCCGAGGCUGAGAAAGAAAAGGAUAAACCCAAUUGCCUGCUUAAAGUAGAGUGUUUUGAGAAGGUAAAGUUGUUCCGAAGGAGCAUUACAUGGCAUGCUUUGCUGGAAGGGUGUGGACGUCGUGAUGAGGGGUAUAUAUAAUACUUGACCUACAGGGGAGACCCCUAUUAAUUAUACGAAAGCAGUAACCACCACUGAAGAGUUUCUCACAGCGAUGGGGGAAGUCGCCUGACCCUUUCAGCUCUUCCUGACAUGUAAUUAUACUCUUAUAAUCAGCAGCUAGAUGGUUAGACGAUGAUAUCCUAGGAAUUCAUACUGUGCGGCCAGCCAGUGAUAUCUUGCACUUGGCUGGUAUGCUUCAAGUGUGGGAUUGGUUUUUACAUCAAAUGGGCUUUGCUUUAAAUUCUUGGUCCCAUGGGGUUUCUGCAAGGUCACAGAUCUGUACUCUUGGGAGACUAAUGAGUAAUAUCUAAUGAAUAGUGGCGAUGGUUUCUGCUUGUAA